AUGCAUGUUGAGGCAGAACAGCACACGUAUCUGCCACUCGAUCACAGUCCCACCACAACGUAUCUGCCACCCGGCCACUGUCUUCCACACGUAUCUGCCGCCCGGCCACUGUCUUCCACACGUAUCUGCCACCCGGUCACUGUCCACACGUAUCUCCCCACCCGGCCACUGUCUUCCACACGUAUAUGCCACCCGGUCACUGUCCACCACACGUAUCUGCCACCCCGGUCACAGUCCACCACACGUAUCUGCAACCCGGUCACAGUUCCACCACACGUAUCUGCCACCCGGCCACUGUCCACCACACGUAUCUACCACCCGGUCACUGUCCACCACACGUAUCUGCCACCGGUCACUGUCCCACCACACGAUUCUUCCACCCGGUCACUGUCCACCACACGUAUCUGCCACCAGGUCACUGUCCACCACACGUAUCUGCCACCUGGUCACUGUCCACCACACGUAUCUGCCACCCGGUCACUGUCCACAACACUUAUCUGCCACCCGGCCAAUGUCCACCACACGUAUCUGCCACCCGGUCACUGUCCACCACACGUAUCUGCCACCCGGUCAGAGUCCACCCACACGUAUCUGCCACCCGGCCACUGUCCACCACACGUAUCAGCCACCCGGUCACUGUCCAACACACGUAUCUGCCACCGGUCACUGUCCACCACACGUAUCUGCCACUCGGUCACUGUCCACCACAAGUAUCUGCCACCCGGUCUCUGUCCAACACACUAUGCACCCGGCCACUGUCUUCCAUCCACACGUUUCUGCACCCGGCCACUGUCUUCCACACGUAUCUGCCACCCGGUCACUGUCCACCACACGUAUCUGCCACCCGGCCAAUGUCCACCACACGUAUCUGCCACCCGACCACUGUCCACCACACGUAUCUGCCACCGGCCACUUUCCACCACAGUAUCUUCCUCCCGUCACUGUCCACCACACGCAUCUGCCACCGGUCACUGUCCACCACACGUAUCUGCCACCCCGUCACUGUCCAUCACACGUAUCUGCCACCCGGUCACUGUCCACCACACGUAUCUGCCACCCGGUCACUGUCCACCACACGUAUCUUUCACCCGGUCAUGUCCACCACACUUAUCUGCCACCCGGUCACUGUCCACCACACGUACCUGCCACCCGAUCACUGUCCACCAAACUGAUCUCCACCCGGUCACUGUCAACCACACGUAUCUGCCACCCUGUUACUGUCCACCAACACGUAUCUGCCACCCGGUCACUGUCCACCACACGUAUCUGCCACACCGGUCACUGUCCACCACACGUAUCUGCCACCCGGCCAUGUCCACCACGCGUAUCUGCCACCGGGAUAAGGGACAUCCCAUUAUUUCAUAA